AUGCCGAAAACCUCCACCACAUCUACUAUGCUUCCAGAAUAUUACGACUAUGAAGAAGACACAUAUAAAAUUGUCUUCAACAUUUCUACCAGACUAAACCUUUCGCUUCAAAUCGCUACAGUAAUCCUGAACUUUCUCCACUUGAUUGUUCUGCUUCGGAAGGAUCUCCGAUCCUUUGCAAUUUACAUUUUCAUGAUAGGCAUUUGCAUUUCCGACAUUCUUACCAACUCUAUAGAUUUCACCUAUAUCGCUGGAGAGAUUUCCUGGAUGCCCAUCCUUUUCGCGGGCUCUGGAGAGAUUUCUUGCCUUCGAGAUGACUAUUCAGAAGUGAAUGUUGGCGUACAGAUCCUGGCUACUCUAUUAGACAUUUCUAGAAGAUUAUCAGUUUGGUUGGCAAUUCUUAUGGCAAUCAUGAGGAAUUUAUCCGUGUUGUACCCUACUAACCAACGGAUACAAAGUAUGUCAAAAUCUAAAGGAGCAUUGAUUAUAUUGGGAAUUUGUGUUUUGUUUUGGGUGGUUUUUAAUAUCUGGCAUUUCGUUUUGUAUCGGAUUUUUUGGCUGCCGGAUAAUGCGAAUGCGUUGUGCAAAAAGUAUUACAAAUCUUCAAUAACUCCUCGUUAUAUCCUUGCCGCCCCCUCCGAUCUUCACGGAAUUAUGCUGGAUUGGGGAUUCAUCGAAAUCAUAAUGAAAUUCGCUGCCACAAUCUGUUAUCCGAUUUUAACAAUUUCUUUAUUGAUAACACUUCGCAAAAUUAAGAAUCGAAGAAACAAGAGUGAUAAGAAAGAAACUGAAAAACCAGAUCACACUACAAAACUCAUUUUGCUCAUGACCAUUUUUUUCAUGCUCUCUGAAGGGUUUGCUGGUGUCUUGGCUCUGUUUCAGUAUAAUAUGAUUGCUCUUAUGGAGAUCGAUGAAGAAUUCGUUUAUGCUAUAAAUGCUGCACAGUAUCCGGUAUCAGUUUUGCGAACUUUGAAUGCGUUAUCUCAUCCAAUCGUUUGUUAUCUUUUAUCUUCUCAAUAUCGGGAUGCAGUGAAAGGGAUAUUUAUAGGGAAGAAAAAAGUAGGGAAUUACUCUCAAAAAAUUGGAUGUUACACGGUCGACGAGCAAUGUGCGGAGCAGAACGACAACGUCAACAAUUGGAUAAUUUUUUUCAAAAUGACUCUCUAG